AUGGUGCUCGUGCAUCAGGAGCUCGUGCUCCAGGCCGCCCUCCUGGCCACGGUCUCGGGCUACUUCAUCAGCCUCGAUGCGCAUGCAGAGGAGUGCUUCUUCAAACGGGUCACCUCGGGCACCAAGAUGGGCCUCAUCUUCGAGGUAGCCGAGGGCGGCUUCCUGGACAUCAACAUGGAGGCUACAGGGCCUGAAAAUAAAGGAAUUUAUAAAGCAGACAGGGAGUCCAGACAAGACAUGGAAACAGAAGCUCACCAGAACAAGCUAGAGGAAAUGAUUAAUGAGCUGCUCGCAGUGGCAAUGACGGCUGUAAAGCAUGAACAGGACAACAGGGGAGUUCAGGAGAGAAUACACAGAGCAAUCAAUGACAACACAAACAGCAGAGUGGUCCUUUGGUCCUUCUUUGAAGCUCUUGUUCUAGUUGCCAUGACAUUGGGACAGAUCUACUACCUGAAGAGAUUUUUUUACAGGCCAGAGGAUUGUGAGGAGGAGCACAGACUAGCCAGCCGGAGUAUGAGAGACCACCAUGUGGAGACCAGCCAUAGCUCUUCAGCCAACAGCCAGCAAGCCUAA